CAAAUUUCCCAAUCAAGUAAGAAGGGCUAAGUUUUGAAAAUAACGCGAAAAUUCGGAGAUCAGGGGAGGGAGGGAGGUCUUUCUUCACUCUCCAAUUCUAACGGUAUGCUGUUCGUAUUGCUAACUUCUCCCAUGGGUUCUUCUACUCAUUGGUUUGCCUUCGUUUCCCAGAAGCAAUUCUGAAGCUAUCGAACAUCGAUUCAGAGGGACAAGAAUUCUACUGCCGAUGUCAGAAUUUUAGCAUUGAAAUAGUAGAUACUAUGGCAGUCGAUACCAAUUUGAAUUUCCAAUCUCUGUUCGAGAGUUUGAAGGUAGAAGAUCCAUGGCUUCCUCCAAGAACUUGGGAGUCCACCCCUUCACAAAGCCAACAAACUCAGCUCCCUUCCCGUUGUAGUGCUGGCAUUUCCUCUUCAGUCUCCGAGGCAAGUUUGGUUAGAUUGGCGAUGAACGCACUGCAAGGGCUCGAAUCAGCACUUAUCAGCGUGGAAAAUUUAUCUGCUGCCUUUUGUUCUGAUCCUUCGGACAGGACAUUCCAUCAAAUUCCAUCUCUAUGGAAUCGCUUUUCAAGUACGCAUGUUUUGGGAAAAAUACUCAGGUCCAUUGGCUGCGUUGGUUUUUUAGUUUUCCUGCUUCAUAAAUUCGUAGACCAUUUUACUGAAUUGGGUAUAGACGAAACAUUUAAUCAGACGAGUAAUCAACCUAAGCUUGAAGAAUGCAAAAGUAAUGAUGACCGUAAAGUGAUAGAGAAACGAUGCUCCCAAAAGAGUCUUGUUAAUCAGGCAUUUGCAGUUGCUCUGAGAAAGAUUUUGGAAGGCUAUAUGUGUGCACUAGAUUCGUUGCAUGCUUCUGUAGGCUUGAGAAGAACGGCAAAAGUGCCUGAAGCGUCGUUUCUUGAAUCAUCAGUGGAAGGAUGUCUUAUGAGUGUGGUGCAUUCUGAAAUAACAUUAUUGGAGGUGUACCUUCAUACGAGGGAAUUAAGAAUUCAGAUUGAAGUACUUGGAAACAUAUGUAACUUGCACAAUAUAGCCAAUUGCUUCUCAUUGUUACCAUUUCAAGACCUAAUUGAUAAGGCAACCUCUGAAUUUUGUAAUUUUCAUAGGGGAGGAGACUUGCUUACAUAUUUGUACACCCAACUACAGGUUGCUGAUCCUGCUCACUGUGCCGUACUCAAGUUUCUGUUCCUCCGUUCAUGUGAACCGUAUUGUGCCUUUAUUAGAUCAUGGAUAUACAAAGCUGAAGUUGUUGACCCUUAUGCAGAGUUCGUAGUAGAAUAUGUUGAUGUUAAAACACCUAAUCUCAAUACUGCUGGAGUCUCCAGUUUCCCAGUAGCAUGUACAAGGGAGAGAGAAGGAGCUUCUAUUCCUUGUUUUAUGAAGGAAUUAUUGCUUCCCCUUCUCAGAGCUGGCCAGCAGCUUCAAGUAUUAGUGAAAUUACUUGAAUUGGGUACUUCUGUUGCCACGGCAAAAUGUACUUGUGAUGAUUUUCUUCCUUGUUGGACUGGCUUUUCUAGCAAUCAUAUGUGCUACGAAUCUGUAAUCUCUUUCAGCAAAGAAGAUGUAGAGGCCAGGGUUUCUGCAAGGAAUAUUUACUAUGAUAUGAUGCAGAAAAAGUUUGAUAAUCUUUCGACUAAAAUGGAGUUCAGAUGUGAGCAGGUGGUUCCAGAUGAUGCAGUAUCUAUGAUCCUUGCUCAUGUUGGAGGAAGAAUAAGUGCACCUUUGUCAAUUGAGUCAGGAAGUAGCAUAGUUGUUACAGAAGUGGACAGAAGGAGCUCAAUUAUGUUAAAAGACAAGACAGAUCAUGACGACUCUAGUAGUUCAUUGGAUGCGACUGAUGUUGCAGUGGACAUGUAUGAUUCCCCUGGAUGCCAAUCCUCAAUUAGCUGUGAAGAUCAAAUUGAGUUUGAUCAAAGGAUUGAGCCUUAUGAUAGUAUGGGUGUGCUAAAAGAAAAUCAUUUUUCUUCUUUAAGCUUCUCCAAGAAUACUUUGAAUAUUAAUUCUUUGAGAAAGCCUUCUCAACGUGAAGGAGGAGUAUUUCAUGUAGGAAGUGUUUUGGAGAAGACUUUUACGAAGAUAGAUGAUGUCAAAAACAAUGCCUUAAGUUCAAGUGAUACGUCUUUGUUCUUUGACUUAGCUAAUUGGUCAUGGAAUUCUGAUGCCACUUGCACUGGUUAUUCAGAUAUGGAUUCCUUGGAUUUUGAUAUCAGGAAAGAUGGGAGAAAUUAUGAAGUCCAUUUUGGAGGAAUAUCUCUUUCUAGGAAGAGGAUUGGCAAUACCAGUGUUGCAAAGGAUGACUCAUUGAACAAUCAACUUGAUAAUAUUCCACGUGCUUCUAAUUUGUUCAUGUUACAACCACAGAAUCACAAUUACUGUAGCAACUUUUUUAGUUUGAACCCAAUGGUUACCAGAAAUGCUUUCCUUCCCAUGAUGAGGAAGCCUGAUCAGAGACAAGCUAGUGCCUUUGGUCAAUCUUUUCCUUUCUUUGAUUUUUCUGCUGUAGAGGAUCCUUGUAGGGUACGUGCAGAAAAAAUAUUGCCUAGUUCUGGAGCUGAAUCUUUAUGUGGCGGGAACUCUCAAGGUCCUGCUACUAAUAGUAAAAGCAAUGACUCUAGUGAACGAGAAUGUGGAGGGGAUAUUUUUGUGGACAAUACCAUAUCUUACAAUGACAGAGAAAAUAUUUCAACAAAUGUUUCUGGUGGAAGGAGCUGGGAAACUACACUUUGUACUGCAAGCAAGAGAACUGUUGAUAAGAGUGCUGAAGGUCAGAGGCUAUCUUGUUCAGGAUUGUUCGAGUUACCACUUGAUUUCGUUAUUCACAAAUGCUUAGUGCAAGAAAUAAUCCUGCAUUAUUCCUAUACCACUGCCAGAUAUACUUAUGUCAGCAAGUUAACUGUAAAGUUACUAGAUGAAGGAUUUGAUUUGCAAGGGCAUCUUCAUGCAUUGCGGCGCUACCACUUUAUGGAAUUAGCGGAUUGGGCAGAUUCAUUUAUCACAUCUCUGUGGAAUCAUAAGUGGUGUGUCAUAGAGGCAGAUAGUAAGCUUCAAGAUAUUCAAAGUUAUCUUGAAUUGUCUGUUCAAAAGUCAUCGUGUGAACAUGACCGCAACAAGGAUAGAUUAUUUGUCUACAUCAAAGAACAGUGCACUCUACCCCUUUCCAAAGCAACCAUCGGGAUUGAUUCAUUUGAGUUUCUAGGUUUGGGAUAUCAAGUAGAGUGGCCGAUCAAUAUCAUUUUGACCCCUGCUUCAUUGAAAAUAUAUGCUGAGAUUUUCAGUUUUCAUGUUAAAGUGAAGCUUGCUGGUUUCUCUCUAACCAAAGUUUGGUCCUCAUUGAAGGACAUGGUUAUCUUGGUCCGUCAGAAUCGCCAUUCCAAACUUAUUAAUCAGGAAAUCCAGCAUUUCAAUGUUUUGGUGAAGACUAGGCAUGAAGUCAACCAUUUUGUGUGUGUAUUACAGCAUUAUGUGGAGUCUCAAUUAUCACAUUUAUCAUGGUGUAGAUUUCUUCAAUCUCUUCAACUUAAGGCAAAAGACAUGAUGGACCUGGAGUCAAUGCAUAUGGCAUAUCUAACUGAUGCACUACACACAUGUUUCUUAUCUGAAGAAACCCGAUCUGUGGCUGGUAUCAUUAAUCAAAUCUUGCAAUGUGCUCUAGAUCUCCGAUGUUGUUUUACUGGUGACAUGUGGAAUACUCAAGUUGAUAAUGCAGCUUCUCCAAGGAGACUUUCUGGGAUCAACAAGUCUCAGAUACUUGCAGUAAAGAAGAGAUUUGACAAAAACAUGAAGGAAUUGCACCUAUUUUAUUUGAAGUCACCUAAGGUUGGAGAGUUUGGGCUAUCUCGACUUUGGGAAUCUCUCGAUUACAACUAUCACUACUCUGACACUAGUAAUGAAAUGAGUUACGCUUUCUCAGUCUAAUGGUAAAUUUCAAACCAUAAAAUAUGGUUUCGAAACAAAAGGAGUGAUUGAGUCCGACUCAAGCGAGUGAGUGAGGUCUUUGUAAUGUUUGUAACAUUGAAUUAGAAGAUUCGAGGUGGGGUAGUUUCUACGACACUUGAAUGUUUGUUAUUAGAACCACGUUGCAUUCAAGAUGUCUUAGUGAUGAUGCUAUGUUGGCCCUUUACACAAAGGACUGGUUUUUGUAAUGAGUGUAGUAAUGUUAUUACUUUGGUCUUUCUGUUUCA